AUGGCAAAAGCCAACUCCGAGAGAGGCGCACAGCAUCUUGAAGACAUGAAGAGGCACAAAGAGGAGCAAGACGAGCAUGCAAGAGCUCAAUCAAAACGGAAGGAGGAUGAGCGGAGGCGAGCCCAAGAUGAAAUCUCAAAACGGCGCAAGACAACGGAGUUACGUAAUAAGGAGGUCGAAGCUGAUCGCUUGAAUCAACGUAAGAAAGCUAGAUCUAUGCAAAGCCAUAGUCAAAAUGUUACUAGUAGUCUUGCUUCUAGGAAUAGAGCAUCAUCUUCCGAUAAAAGUACAAAACCUGCCAAGCAACAGGAAGUACUUACCCGUGAAGAAAAGCGUAACAUUAAGCAAAAGAAAGAUUUCGGUGAAUACGGUGCGCGACAGAAAUCGAAGUCACAACAAAAACCACAUCAAGACAACUACCAAUCAGGGGGUCUAAUUGCACUCAAUACAAAGAAGAGAGAUACGAGAACAAUCGAAGAAAUUCAACACGAUUUGAAGUCAAAGAAGAGUAUUGAUAAUGGACACAGCAAGAGUGACACCAGACAGUCUAUAUCUAAGAGAAAAGCACCGUCACUGCCAGAUUUAUCUAAAAGAAAAACUGCUUCUAAGGACUCUAAAAACGAUAUUGACAGCGAUGAUAGCAUAAGUAAUGAUGUUGAUAGUGAUGGUGGUGAUGGCUAUAACAGUCAUGAUAUUUGGAGUCUAUUUGGUAAAGACAAGGCUAAGUACCUCGAGCGCGAUUACGACAGUAAUGAGAGUGACGCUGAUAUGGAAGCUACGAAUGAAGACGUUAUCGAUGAAGAGCUUUCAAGGUAA